CCUUGAUACGUACACAGCUUAGUAUAAUGUGUGUGCUCGUGUCUGUGUCUUGUGUCGAUCUGGGACCUACUAACUCUUCUGGUGUACAUGGAACUUACCUCAACGUACACACACACACACACACGUACACACAGCGAGGCAGUAUGUGUGAGCCAGAGGACCUGUAGGAGUACUCUUGUGACCUGCCUCGCUCCUAAUACCCCCCUCCUCCUCCUGCUGCUGCCCUAGAACAUAAUGUGGAUAUCCCGUCAACACUACCCAAGAUGCACCACCGUUAACACUAACACAACAUAGUCGUUACGUGUUUCAACUAGAAGGGAACGGGCGGUGGGGGAGCAGCGAGGUCUCCACCACCUGACCCUCUCCCCCCCCUCUUCGCUACACCCGCGCCACACCCACUCCACCACCACCACGUCCACGCCACGCCACCACCACGCCCACACCGUCUCUACUGACCACCGCGAAGGCCCGCCCACCCAGCCAUGGACUCCGAGAACAGGGUGGUCCUCAACGUGGGCGGCAUAAGACAUGAAACAUAUAAGGCGACCUUGAAAAAGAUCCCAGCAACACGUCUCUCCCGCCUGACGGAGGCACUGGCGAACUACGACCCCAUCCUCAACGAGUACUUCUUUGACAGGCAUCCAGGAGUGUUUGCUCAGGUGUUGAACUACUACCGCACUGGAAAGCUACAUUACCCGACCGAUGUUUGCGGUCCACUGUUUGAGGAGGAGUUGGAGUACUGGGGUCUUGACUCCAAUCAGGUGGAGCCCUGUUGCUGGAUGACGUAUACUGCGCAUCGAGACACACAAGAAACAUUGGCUGUGUUAGACCGCCUUGAUCUGGACACAGACAAGCCCAGUGAGGAGGAGCUCGCCAGAAAGUUUGGUUUCGAGGAUGACUACUUUUCUGGGAACCUCUCAUGGUGGCAGAAGCUGAAACCUAAAUUAUGGUCGCUCUUUGAUGAACCUUAUUCCUCUCAAGCUGCCAAGGUGAUUGGUGUCAUCUCAGUGUUCUUCAUCUGCGUGUCUAUCCUAUCGUUCUGUUUGAAGACGCACCCAGAUAUGCGAGUGCCAGUCAUAGAGAAUGUGACAGUGCAAACAGCAGAGAAUACAACAGCUUGGACACUUGACAAGAAGGCUACUAAUGCUCAUGAGGCAUUCUUCUAUAUAGAGUGUGUGUGUAACACAUGGUUUACCUUUGAAAUAUUAAUUAGGUUAAUUGCAUCACCCAACAAGUUCAUGUUUCUUAAAGCAUCAGUGAACAUGAUAGACUUCAUUGCUACAUUAAGCUUCUAUGUGGACAUCCUACUCCAGAAGUUUGCAUCACACUUGGAAAAUGCAGACAUCCUUGAGUUCUUUAGCAUCAUUCGAAUCAUGAGGUUAUUCAAAUUAACGCGACACUCCUCAGGUCUCAAGAUCCUGAUACAGACUUUCCGAGCAUCAGCGAAAGAGUUGACCUUGCUUGUAUUUUUCCUGGUGCUGGGUAUUGUAAUCUUUGCCUCCUUAGUAUACUAUGCUGAGAGGAUACAAGCAAACCCACACAAUGAUUUCAACAGUAUCCCUCUUGGUCUAUGGUGGGCGUUAGUCACCAUGACCACCGUAGGUUAUGGAGAUAUGGCACCCAAGACUUAUGUGGGCAUGUUUGUUGGUGCCCUGUGUGCCCUGGCUGGUGUGUUAACGAUUGCACUGCCAGUUCCUGUCAUCGUGUCCAACUUUGCCAUGUACUACAGCCACACACAAGCACGAGCCAAACUUCCCAAGAAACGGCGGCGAGUCCUGCCCGUGGAGCACGUCCGUGUGGGACCUAUUGCUCCCCAACCCAAGCGCGGAGGGGGACCCAAUGACAUGAAUCGCGGUCCAGGACCCAAGAUGGUCGGCAUGGGCAUGGGUCUAUCUGUUACCUUGAACCCCAAUGGCGUAGGCUUAGAGACGGCCCUCAAGGCCCCCUUAUUAUCCCAGUCGGGGGUGGGUGGGGGUCCCACGGUCCCCCUCCAGCCACUCUUCCCCAUUGCUACCAUGGCGCAAGUGGCUCUGGUGCAGCCCACUUCUGCUCCCUCCCAGGUUCCCCUUCAACAGCCUCCGCCCACCUCCCAUCCCCAUCAUUCCCCAUCACCACCUCCUUCCCCAACACGCCCUCUCCUGGGGUCAUCUUCAGGCUCCAUUGGGGGCCUUCGUGGACCAGAUAAUGGGCAGAAUGCAGACACUGGGGAUAGCAGUUCCCAAGGGCCGGAUUCCCCUGAACUCACCCCUAGCACCGUCUAGCCCCCAGCAUCUACAACAAUGAGAACAUCUCAACAUCUUCGCCAUGUUCUUGGGGGACUCCUGGCCAAACGCGCCCAGUGGCCUUCCAGCGUUAGUGGUAUUAACAUCUGUCAGGUGACAGACAAGACAGGCACUUGUUACCACCGUGUGAGUUGAGGAAAGACUGGCAACAUAUGUGACUAGACAGUGUUUAUGAAUCAUUUCUCAGACAUGUAAGUGAUUCAGCUGACAGAAUUGUGAAACUUGACACUUGAAAAUGCGUCCUUCGACCAGUGUGGACGCUGUGUGACAGACGUUGUACUGUGAUCCUUGAGUGUUACCUGUACUGUAUAAUUAUUAUACAUUAUUUCUUUAUUUUGGUGUUCAGAAGACAAUGAAUCUUCGAAUGCAAAACUUUUACAGCACCUUUUGUCUGCAUGCUUGUUGACACAUAAUAUUAGCACUAUUGUUUCCUCUCCCAUAAAGGACCAAACUGGAAGUAGAGUUAUGUGAUGCUUUCAUAUUUACACUUUUUCAUAAUGUAACAUCUGACACAAAAAUCUCCACAUCUUGUCUCAUUGUUCAACUUGUGGUGUUCUGAGGGUGAGUCGGCAAAAAAAUGAAGCCAAAUAUUUGUAUGAAACUUAAUGUUGUAGUUUGUACAAACAUUUGACUUUCAAGUCCUUUUGUUCUGUGCUGUACUCGUCCCACUUAUUACUUGCAAUCUUUUAAUGUAUAGAAAGGAUUUAAGUAUAGCAUCAGCAGCAACUUGGGAUUCAUAGUAGUAAGUGAAAUAUUUUAUUGAAGCAUCAGUGCAUUAUGCAAGUCCAUAAUAACAUAAUAGAUCUACAGUAGAAUUGCAAAUCAUAAGGUGAUAGAAUUUAGUUCAGAUGGCAUUGUAUUUUUGCUUUAUAGUGGAAGACAUGGUAGGGUACAGGGUGGGUAUGUGGCAAAGUGUGCCUCUGAUCAUAGUGAUUAUUGCUCGUAAAGUAAAGUAAAAAUCUGUUCAUUAAUCAGACAUCUAUAGUCAAAUAUUGGAGCGUUAAUUGGCAAAGUAAUAAAGCUUAUAUUUUUAUCACUGAAAGAGAAAAGGCUCUAUAGAAACGAAUUUUCAGUUUUGUCUUUAUUCCUACUGUAAAAAAAUAAGAUUUACAGUUACAUUGGAUUAAAAUAGUCUUGUCUUGAAUGGUGCUAGAGUGUACAUUCUUUGAAAGCAGGCUUAGCCCACUCACAACAAUAUUUUGAUAAGGUUUAUUAUAAAUUAAACAUAAUAUAAAUUAAACAUAAUAUUUAAGAAAUAAGAUUCAGUAUUCUUAACUACAGUACAUAUAGGGGCAGCACAUGAGCCAGGUUCAGCCUGCCGGCCCCCUCUCCUCUCUACACUAAGCUGUCUAAUUUUGAAAUGUGAUUGAAGAUAUAUUAUUAAUUAAUCUCAUCAUUUAUAAAAUUAUACCAGUAAUUACAAAUAUACAUUAAGGAUGAAUUUUUAUGCAUGUUUUAUAUACAGUAUAACAAAAUUAACAAGUUUGGGGUGUAUAAUGUGCUUGGUGAGUAUUUUUUAAGGUGAGGUUACAGAGAUAUUGAUGGUUAAUGCAAAGUUCUUAAGCUUGUAGAAGAAAGCAACUGUUAAAAUGCAUUGAUUAUUGUAACUAUUUGCUUGUUGUAAUUAUCAUCACUGUAGCCAAACUAUAUUUUCACUCAAUUAACAUUUUCCUGUUAGUCUCUGAUAGACACUAGGUUUGAGUUACUAAAUAUAGUUUAGAUAUUGCCUUGUCUGGUCAUCAUAUGACUAUAUAGUACAUACUGUAAGUCGCAUGUGUACAUAGGGUCAGGAGCGGAGAAGUUAUGGCUGUAGUGAAGCCUUGCUUAUCCAAAAGAUCUCUUGUGGUGUUUUCCAUCAUCAGAGAUUUCUUUAUGAAUCAUUGAACUAUACUCCCUCAUCUCAAAGUUACUGAUAUUAUUUGACAUUGGAAGAGGUGUUUGGAUAAGCCAGGUACAACUGUAUCCAUAAUAUGCCGACUCAAGAAGUGAUGGCACUUCAGGGCUUCUAUGUCAGCCAUGAAGUCAUCACUUCAGCCCACCACAGCAUUGUUGAUUAUUAUCUCUCCAUAACGUAGAGAUUUAAUUUCCCUCUAGAUAUCACCUUGGCAGCAGCACUGGGCGAGCAUACAGGGGGCGGCAAAACCCAGCCCUACUAUGGGCAGCCUCCUUUACCUGGUAACUGUAAGCUUCACUCCAACAUCUAAAAUUUAGCUCACCUUCUUCCUUGACUUGCACAUCAUUUUAAUGAACAUAAAUCAAUGUUUUCAAUUUGUAGCUUGAUAUUUGCAUAAAUGUUUCGUGUACAGUAUAAUUGCAACAUUAAUACAGUAUGUGAUGAAUGGCAAAUGUAAGUUGUAGAGAAGCUACAUAUGAUCUUAUAUACACACCCAUUGUUAAUCUCCUUUUCCUAAGAGGUUGCAAAAGAGUUUCUUGUUGGAGAUUGCCUAGCCCUUCCGGGUGGGUGCUGCCCCCUGAAGCACGCAAGUGGUCAGUCUUGCGCAGUACUGUACCGCUUCCCACCUUGGAGCAGCCUCAUCAACGCAACAUGAUUUCAGCGAAUUAAUUAUUUCAUUAAUGCUUUUAAGAUUUCAUCCAUGUUUUGCAUGUAGGUGAAAGCUGUGACCAAAAAAGGUAAUGACAGUUUUUAAUUAACUACAGUACUGUACAUUGUAAAAUUACUAUACUUUUAAAUUAGACUAUUUUCAGUCAGGCUUUUUACAAUAUAUGGUAUACUAACACAAUAAGCUACGGUAACCUUCUGUUGUAUAUAAAAUAAUAUAACUGCCUGACAUUGUUAAUCUGGAUUGUAUGAAUUGUAAUUUGACUGACAGCAAGGCUGGGAGACUAGUGCUGGUGCCUCUACUCUCCUUCACACCCUGCAUGUUAGAACUUACGGGACCAAACCAAAGUUAGAUGCUACACAGGGAGGGUGGGAAAUUGUGGUUGCCAGGGAACACUGUUCUGUGAAUUCUCCAAGGAGGAGUAAGGUCGGGUCACCGUACCUAAAUAUCAUUAUCUGAGGUAGUAAAUUGAAUAAAUUAUUUUUUACAGCAUAUGACACACAGGUGGUUAGUAUGUACCACACCUCAAACAAACUAGAUGCAUAAAACUUAUUACUUUUAUCAUCUUCACCACCUGUCGGCUUCACUAGCCGCUUGGGCAGUUGGUCACAGACUACUCAAAUUAGUUAUAAUGAUUGAAUACCUUUAGUAAUGUAAAAUUUAUAAAUUUUAGGGCAUUGAGUUUGUUGUAGUUUAGUUAAUAUACCACUAUGGUUAAUUAAUGUUAGAAACUGAAUAUUGCAGAAAACAGGUCAUUUUGUAUAAACCAUAGUAUGGUUGACCUGGUCCAUGGCCUCUAUUGGCUCUGGACAUGCAAGCAAGCAUAAAGUUACCCUGUAUUAUGCAAAGGGGCAUAAUAUGGGUACAGUACAUAGCUAGAAUAUAUUGUUUUUCCCAUGAGAAAGUAGUUUUUGCUACAAUGUUGAAACUGUUAUAUGAAAUUCUGUAUUAAGAUACGGAUUCUUUUCAUUGACUGAAAGUAGAGGUUGUCAUAUACUUUAAUUGAUGUAAGGGGGCUUCUUAGGCAGUGAUAUUAUAGAUCAAAAUAAUGAUGAUAGUGAUUUAUAUGUUUCAUUUUCAGAACUGUCUUCUGUCAAGUUCUAGAGAGAAUCUGAUAGUGUGUAAAUGAGAUUAUUGCAUCUGCAGUGCUGUACAGCUAAGGUUUUCCAUUGAAUGGCCACAUAAAGCUCAACUGUAAGAUCUCCUUCUAUAUUAAUUAUCAUUCAAAAACCUCAGUAUGAUUCAUUACAAUUAUACUGUAUAUCAAUAACAGUACACAUUAUCAAAAUUUUGCCUGAUUUUUUAUACUAAAUUGUUUAAAGUUAAUGUUAUUGUUGACUGUUUUUUGGGUGUCCAACAUGUUCACCGGACUAUAAGCAGUACUGUACACUAACUAGAAAUUAAGUUAUUCUGCAAAAUACACACCCACUUUAAAAGAAGAGCAAAAUUUAAAUUGUAUUCCCUUAUGCACAUUAUAAAUGUUUUAAAGGCCAUUUAUGGCUUUCAGUUCCUGGACAGGGGUGAGCUGAACCUAUGAGCACAGUUAGUAAAGCAACAAAAGCAAAAAAGAAGACAAUUGUAUUUUGUUAUACAAAUGUUUGGUAAACUUUAUUAAAAUACUGUACUGCAUUAAUCUAUUACUCCAAGAAUAACUACUUAUAUUACUAAACUCAUCAGCAGCCCCCUCAUCAAUAUGUGCCUGGGUUGACCAAAACGUUCCAUGAUCAUAAAAUAACAAUUCUAAUUGCUGGAUAUUUCUUGCUAAAUACUUGCUGAAGAAAGUAACUUAGGGGCAAAUUUUCUAUGGUCUGGAAAAUUUGCCACUUAUAUAACGACUAUAUCUAGCAGUGUAUGAUCCUUGGUUUCUGUGCACCCAAAAACACCAACAUUUAUUGUAAAUUAGCCUUAUUUUAGAUACAUUGAAAGCUUGGGGAAGAUAGGUUUUGUAAAGAACUAUUAAAAUGAAUCAAUAGUACGAUGAUGUAUUAACUCAAAAGUGAAUUUGUGUGGUUCAUUAGAAUGUUACUAUGACAUGUGAAACUGAAAUGUUGGUGCAUUUCAUAUAUUUCAGUAACUACGCUUUUUAAGGUGUUGCAUAAUAGGGGUGUCAAUGAUGUUUACACAAGAGUAGUUUGUGCGCUGAUGCAUUGGUUGUUCUCUUUAUUGUUGAUCUCUCAUCUCUGCUUUCCAAUUUGUACUUUUGCCAUAACCAUUCACCGCAUACUCAGGGGCACGCGUGAGGCAGCAACCACUUUCCUCCCGGCUGCUUCAUCACAUCAGACAUAGGGAAAACACCAGUUAUCGGGGUUGGGGAUUUUCGUCCAGGUUAGGUGCAAACUUGAUGAUCCCGAUCACUGGCCAGAUAGUGUAAUUAAAUGAAUUAUACAUUUUCUUAGAACUUUUUAGAACGAUAGUUAAACUACUAGGGAAUUUACACAUAUAACAGAUGCAAGUUAUAAAAUCUGCCUCAAUGAUUAGAACAAUAGUGGUUGUUGACAUUGGUAAUGGCGGCCCCAUCUCUCUUACAGCUCCCCUUUCCCCCCUACAGUCUUCAGUGAAUCCAGGUCAUAAUGUGCAGGUUAAACUAAGAUAAGAUUAUCUCUCCUGUUGAAUAUACUGUUACAUUAGUUUGAUAUACUAAAAUAAAAGCUACCACAUCUGCUAAUAUGUACUUUUGUGAGAAUUUGAAUGUGAGAGCCAUAAGACGAUCAGAUGGAUUGCAGUAUGAAAUAUCUGUAAAAUAAAAUUCUGACAUCUUAAUUAUUUUUUAAAGAGUCUGUAAAUUUGACAGUGAAAUAGUGAACUUAUCUUGGAUGACCUGUACUUGUCUCCUGUUAACUGAACAGUGUAGCCACCGUGGUCCAUCAUUGGUGAGCCAUCAGUACUUGGAUCAUCAAAAAAGUAUAUAAAAGGUACUGUACAUAAUAUUAAUAAUACUUCAGUAGUUUUGAAUCUAAGACUGAUGACUUAGACUAAUUGGUGUUGACCAUGAAUUAAAAUGGUAAUGAAACAGUUCUUACCUAUGUUACUUACACAUCUCAAACCACAAAAAUAAGAUAAGAGAUAAUUUGUCAAAAGAUGUGAGGCAAAAUAAUCGAAACUACAAAUUGAAUGGAAUUAAAUUGAAUUAACAUUUAUCUGACCUUGUACUAGAAAAAUUGAAUCACAGCCGUUUGAUAAUUAAAUUACUGUUGCCACAAUAGAUAAAUUCAGAUUCAUCAACAUAGUGUGAAGGUUUGCACUUGAAGCUCUUAGGGAGAAACACACACUUGUUGUAAUGCCUGUUGGUGGCACAGGCUCCUGGGUGUCGGUGGCCGAAGCCCACAGAUACUGACCUUUACAAGCAGUUAGUCACAUUCAUGGUUAAUGAUUACAAGACGGACUACCUCAUUCUUGCACACUGUUAUUGGGGCAUAAGUACUUUCAUUCUUAUUAAUUUGAAGUAAUAGGACCUUCCUACUGACUUCGAUGCAUUUUCUCCGCUAUGUGGAGGAAGGUACAGUAUACAUAAUAUUGAUUUGAUGCUUCUUUGUCAUUCAUUUGUAAAUUUAAAUACAGUACUUGAUCGAGGAACUUUGCAAGCUCUUUUUUUUUAUAAGAUUACAAAAAUUCAGCAUACUAUAUAAUUUUAUUUUUAAUACAGACAGUGUAUCCAUUCAUACAGUAUAUGUUCAAGUCUGUUUGUAUUCAAUGUAUGUGUGUGUUUGUGUGUACAAUUUGCCUAUGUACAUGUUUGUACAUUAGUGUAUGUGCAUUUACUUGUAUUAAUGCAUAUGAAUGUACAUUACAUGUGUAUGUUUAUGUGUGUUUGUGUGAAAAGAUACACAUAUGCACAUGGUAAGGCAAUGUACUUCACUCCAUGACUGAAGCACUUCCAUCACAAAAACAGGACUAUAUAAACCAGCAUAUAUAUACAGUACUUUAUAUAUAUAUAUAUAUAUAUAUAUAUAUAUAUAUAUAUAUAUAUAUAUAUAUAUAUAUAUAUAUAUAUAUAUAUAUAUAUAUAUAUAUAUAUAUAUAUAUAUAUAUAUAUUAGCUUUUAGGGAUACAGUACUGUAAUUGCAUCAUAGUGUUUAUGAUUUUAUCACUUAAAAUGGUGUAUAAAAUAUAUAAGUCAUAUAAAUAAACAAAAUACAAAUUGAAAAUGAACACAGUAUCAGUGCUAUGCUACCCUGACCUAUCCUAACUUAAUCUAACCUAAUUUAGGUAAAGUUCAGUUAUGUUAAGAUAUUUAAAGAAUAUCUCAAAUGUAUUAAGUCGGUUUUAUCAUAUACUGUAUAUGCACAAUUUUUCAUAGAAUUAGAAUGAUUCUGUAACCACAAAGUGUUAUUCUUAUUUUGUAAUGGAGUCCAAUCUGUAGUACAGUACAGUACUGUGCAGGUACAAUAUUGCUUAAUCAGAUGAUUUCCCUAAAAAACAAGAUCUAUGGUAAUAGAUAUAGGUAGAUUCAGUAGAUAGAUUGACUUCAGUUUUUUAGUUAAUUUUUUCUGAUAAAAUUCUUCAAACUGGUGUAUACACUAUAGAGGGGGCGAUCACAUAGAUAAUCAUAAUAUAGACUAUGUAUAUCUGAAUACUGUAGCAUCAUAUUAGUCUAGCUAACCUUACAUGCUGUAGCAAUAAAAUUGAAAAGCGAA